AUGGAGUCGAGCAGCAGAGCGCUGGUGCAGGUGUUGUUGUUGGCGUUGGUGGCUCAGGUCAGCCUCUCGCAGCACUGGUCCUAUGGCUGGCUACCAGGUGGAAAGAGAAGCAUCGGAGAGCUGGAGGCCACCAUUAGGAUGAUGGGGAAUGGAGGUGUGGUGUCUCUUCCUGAAGAGGCGAGUGCCCAUACCCUAGAGAGGCUUAGACCAUACAAUGUCAUCAGUGAUGAGUCCAGCCAGUUUAAAAUGAAGAAGAGGUUGCCACAAUCAUAA